GUUCCCUACACACAUUUGGAAGGAGCUCAUUAUGACAGGGCAGAGUCUGAAGGCUUUAUCUGAAGCGAAUUUUGAAGACAAUGAGAUCAGCAUCAACGUUGGAGGCUUUAAGAAAAAGAUGAGAUCCAACACGUUAUUAAGGUUCCCUGAGACCAGGCUUGGCAAACUGCUGAGCUGCCACUCAAAGGAGUCAAUACUGGAGCUCUGCGAUGACUAUGAUGACACCAAGAAUGAAUUUUAUUUUGACAGGAAUCCUGAGCUCUUUCCUUACGUGCUACAUUUUUAUAACACUGGCAAGCUCCAUGUGAUGGGUGAACUCUGCGUGUUUUCUUUCAGUCAGGAGAUUGAAUACUGGGGAAUCAAUGAAUUCUUCAUAGACUCCUGCUGCAGUUACAGCUACCAUGGGAGAAAAAUGGAGCCAGACCAGGAGAAAUGGGAGGAACAAAGUGACCAGGAAAGUACUACAUCUUCUUUCGAUGAAAUUCUGGCAUUCUACAAUGAUGCCUCUAAAUUUGACAAGCAACCCUUUGGAAACAUCAGGAGGCAGCUCUGGCUUGCUUUGGAUAAUCCUGGGUACUCAGUCUUAAGCCGGAUCUUCAGUGUCCUUUCAAUAGUGGUGGUGCUGGGCUCCAUUGUGACCAUGUGCCUGAACAGCCUCCCAGACUUUCAGAUUGUUGACAGCAAUGGGAACCCCGAGGAAGACCCUCGCUUUGAAAUUGUGGAACAUUUUGGUAUUGCAUGGUUCACUUUUGAACUGGUGGCGAGAUUUGCAGUAGCUCCUGACUUUUUAAAAUUUUUCAAGCAUGCCCUGAAUUUGAUUGACCUGAUGUCUAUCCUUCCAUUUUAUAUCACUUUAAUUGUCAACUUGGUGGUAGAAAGUAGUCCAACUUUAGCAAAUCUAGGCAGGGUUGCACAAGUCCUGAGACUCAUGAGGAUCUUUCGCAUCUUAAAGCUUGCUAGACACUCCACAGGUCUCAGAUCUCUUGGGGCCACCCUGAAGUAUAGCUACAGAGAGGUGGGGCUUCUUUUGCUUUACCUCUCUGUUGGCAUCUCCAUUUUCUCAGUAGUGGCUUACACCAUUGAGAAAGAAGAGAAUGAGGGGUUAGCCACCAUCCCUGCUUGUUGGUGGUGGGCUACUGUUAGCAUGACUACAGUUGGCUACGGGGACGUUGUGCCAGGGAGCACUGCUGGCAAGUUGACAGCAUCUGCAUGCAUCCUAGCUGGUAUUCUAGUGGUAGUGCUCCCCAUUACACUGAUCUUCAAUAAAUUCUCCCACUUUUAUAAGCGUCAGAAGCAGUUAGAGAGUGCCAUGAGAAGCUGUGAUUUUGGUGAUGGUAUGAAAGAAGUUCCAUCAGUCAACUUAAGGGACUACUAUGCUUAUAAAGUCAAAUCCCUUAUGGCCAGUCUUACCAAUAUGAGCAGGAGUACCCCCAGUGAGCUGAGCCUGAAUGAUUCACUGCAUUAGUGUAGAAGUUUGACAGCAGUUUGCAUGAGAGCUAUCAAGAGCUAUGUUUGUAAACGUUUCCCUGUUUGUCUUUUUUCUUAGAGGAUAGUGUUGCUGACACUGCACUAAACUUUGCACUUGAGAAACUAAAGACAUUUCUAUUACAAGUUGAUGGUUUGCACAUUUUCAUCCUGUUGCAUUGCUAGUAAAUGCUGACUUUUCCAUACAAAUGUGAUCACUUCCAUAACAUUACUGCUAGAGGUGUAGUGAUGGUCUGUUACUUCGUGCAUUACCUCAUCUGAGCAGAGAAAUGAAUGUACCCAAGUGGAAUAAAAAUUCUCAUCUGUGACACAAGUAAUGAAAAAAUCACCUAUACUGGUACCUGUACUAGUGUAGGACUUGCCAUGCAUUUUACAACAGUUUAAAACAAUCACCUGUGAAUCACUGACACAGGACCACUCUCCCCAACUGUCUGACUGGCAAUUCUGAUUGUUACAUGUAUGAAAACACCUCUGAGCUUUGCAUUUCAAUGGAAGUUUGCUUACUCUUGAGGACGUGUGUUAAAAAUUGGGUGUUCUCGUUCUGAAAUGUUACAUAUGGUAAUAUUUUUCAGAAGCUCCUAAGCAUAGACCUACCUCUGCUUCCAAGAUUUGGUUGAUACUGAGCCCUCUGAAGAAGCCCACCCCUCAUUUUCAGAUAGCUACAUAUUCAAAGACAUUUCCACAGGUCACUCUAGGUAUGGAGGCCCAUCUCAGGUUCCCAUUUCCACAAGUGAUCUGCACACAGAUCAGUUCCAGUGAAGCUGAAGAUACACUGUAUUUCAGCCUGUCAAAAUGGUUUAGAGAUUAGACACACAAAAAUGUGGGUUUUCAACAAUUAGAGGCUCCAAUGAAAAACUUGGACUUCUUUAAUGAAGCGAGAUAUUCCCACAUGAACAGUACAGGCAGCAUUUUAGGAACUGACAUUCAUAUACCGCAAAAAGACUAAUUAUAAAGAUGCCAUAUGUGAGGGUGAGAUAUAAAAUCUAAUUUUAUCAGGAAAGCUUGAAAGCAGGUUUUGAUGGCAGACAAUUCCAUUAAGCUUACUGCCAAGGAAACUCUUAAGGAAAAAAAAAAAAAAAGAGCUCUAAGUCACAUUUUCCCUCAGAAAGGAACUCACAGUUUACAGAUGAGGAAGAGUAUAAAGGCCUAAGAAAGAAACAGAUCAAGAAAAAGAACUUAAUACUGCACACACUGUGGGCAGAUCCUCCUACCUGCUUCUGUGACGUAGUAAACUUAAAUCCUUUCAAGGGCUGGCUUGUAGUUUUGGUUUUUUUUAAAGAAAAAAAAAAGACUUGAGAGAGCAGAUGAUCUGGGUUUUCAAGAGUAGUCAUGAAUCUGCAUAAAAUUAUUUGUUGAGUGCUUAGCCUUUUCCCUUACACAAUUGUACAGGGAUCAAACACUUGUAGCCAACAGGCAGAAGCCACUAAUUCUCUCUCUUUAUACUUCUAGGGAUUUGUGCUACAGCCCACACUACUGGCACUCAGUGGGCAGAACAGCAUUUCUCUUCAGAUCCUGCUGCUUUUCCAUCUCAUUUAUUAUUUUAUGUCACAGUGUUUUCCAUUUUUUUUUUGUUUGCUUCUUUUAUUUGUGAAGACUAGAGAGGGUCAGAAAAUGAAUUCAAAAGUCUUAGAAGAGAAAUGAAAACACUAAGGCAAAUAUUGUCAUGUUUGGAAGCCUGUGUUUGUACAUCACAAUAAAGAGUGGCCCAACUAGCAGAAUAAAGCAAACAUGGCAUGAAUAGGUAAUGCCCUUUUUUAACCUAUUAGAGGUUGCUGUCUGGUCUAGAUCUUUUGAUGUUUUUGCUGUAUCAGCUCCACCUAAAACCAGAAAGCUGAUUACCCAGAAUCCUGUAUGCCCAGUGUUCUAUUACAGAAUACACAGAGUGAAAUAACUUACACACACACAUUGCCUUUGAACACCCUCCCCUCAUGUCAGUUAGUAGCUGAUCUAGGCCAUGAAGUGUGAGGCCAUACCAAAAAAUUCCAACUCCUGGAGAUUUCAGUGUAGUCUGCACAAGUUAUAAAGCUAGUAGGCAAGAUGUUGCUUGCUGUCGCUGAAAAAUCAAAGAGCCAUGUAUAUGGCCCUGAAGGCAGGCCUAGAUAACCUGAAUUAGGUGUCCAAACUUGAAACACUUUGCUAGGGUUUUCAAUUCAUCUGGGGGGAGGGGGGGACAGGUUCAAGUUCUCUGCUGGGUCACAGGCAUAAAUUCAACAUUCUUGCCCCUGACUCACAUUGCAUGUGUGUGAGCUAUCACACACCUACACACACUCACCCAAAACAUGGCACAGGACUAGGUUGCCUGUUGGAUCGAAAUACCAUGAAAGGAAUAAGGGGAGGAAGAGACAGGCUUGCACAGCACAUACACUCCUGUUGGGUUACCUGCUGCAAGGGGGCAAACUCUCCCACUGAUGUCAAGGACACUGCAAAUUCUUACUAGGCCUGUUGGCUGGAAGCCUUCAGAGAAUCCAGCUCUGAGCAGUGGUUUUAUCUCAGCUGCAUAUGCAGUGGGUUCACAGAGUUGAAAACCGAUGACUUUCAGGGCAGUUAUUUGAAGAGACCUGAAAACUUGCCAAGAAGUCAUGAAUUCCCUCAGCUGUUGCUAGUUUAGCAUUGCAAAGGCUGGAUCUAAACUUUGCAACACAUCAUUUCAAUAACCUAUAGCUUAUCUUUUGCUCUAGAUUUAUUUUUAUUCAUAGGGCUGAUGCUCUGUCAUUUCUACAAAUAUUGAAUGGAGCGUGUCCAAAUUGUGUUCUACUAAAGAAAAUGGAAUACCCCAAGGAAUUAUGACUUUUAUUGUACUGGUUGAAAGGAAUUUUCAUUAUUGCUUUUUUAUAUAAGUGCUUUGGAUCAAAGACACUAAAUAAAUAAAGUCCUGAAAUUUAAU